UCGGCAGCUGCUAAUAUGCAUAAACAUUUAUUUAUGCAUGGUGCAUAAGUUAACCUAAACCCUUGGAUCAAUAUUUCCAUCUAAUGGCUAGAAAUCACCAUAUAUAUAUUUACUAAAAACAGAAAAAAAAAAAAACGUUUUCGUGAAUUGUUCGUUCUCAAUUCAACGACUCAGACAUCAUUUUCUUCUCAAUUCACCACCGUCGCCACCGCUGCACCGUCGCCACCGCCAAUCUCCGCCGAUCACCACCGUCUUCAUCCUUCCUUCUCAACACAUCACCACUGUUGCCAUGCUUCCUUCCCAACACCUAAUCAUCGUCGCCUUUCUUCGCCGCCAUCAAUAAUUCAUUCCGGUGAUUUCUCACAGCUCACUUUCAUCCACGAAAUCAUAGGUGAACGAAGUGAAAAAGUACAAGGCUGUCGAAAUUUCGAAACGUGACAACACCGAGAAUUGCUCUGCAGCAUCACCACAGACACACCGUUGAAACUCCCUCUCUUUCGGUCACAGCUCCGCUCCGCCAUCGGUUGUGUUGCUAAUGGAUGAGAUAUCGUCUUCCACAAAUGUCACUCAAGAUGUUGGUUCAAUCUCCGAUGAAAAUAAUGAAUCGUGGCAACAUUUUGUCUUCCACGAGCUUUCAUCAAUCAAGGAUUUCUAUGCUAAAUACGCUCAUGAAAAGGGAUUUAGCGUGAGAAGAAAUUUGCAUUCCUUCUAUGAUUCUCGUAACAAAAAAACGGACAUUGUGCAAUAUAUCCGUUAUGUUUGUAACAAGCAUGGUUUCAAGCACGGAAGUCGGGCGGAUCCUAAGAACAAGACAAACUCGGAUACUCCUGUUCUCAUUGAAUAUCAUAAAGAGAAAGAACUUCCCGAGGAAAGGACUGGUUGCCCAGCUAGUAUUUCGUUGAAGUAUGAUUCCAAUGUUAAAGGUUAUCACAUAUACAAAUGGAAUGUUACUCAUAACCACCCUCUCCAUAAACCCGAGCAUUCGCAUUACUUGAGAUCGGCUCGAGAGAUUAGUGAGCCUCAAAAACAACUUGCUAUAAUAAAUUCAAAAUCAGGCAUGUCUGUAAGAUCCUCCUUUCAAGUUAUGCGUCAAAUAGCUGGUGGUUCAAAGAACCUUGGGUAUUGCUUCCAAGAUUUAAAGAACUUUCUCACCACUGUUCGACAAAAGGAAAUGGUCAUUGGUGAUGCCACUAUUAUCCAAGAAUAUCUUAGAAACGAAGCUUUGAGGAACCCGUCAUUUUAUUAUGAUAUCCAAGUAGAUUCUGAAGAGAACAUAGCUAGUAUUUUCUGGUCAGAUGCAAUCAUGCAGCAAGACUAUGAAUUAUUUGGUGAUCUCAUCAGUUUCGACACUACUUAUCGAACAAAUACGGAGUAUCGCCCAUUAGCUCCGUUCCUUGGAUUUGACAACCACCGUAAGAGUGUAUUAUUUGGUUGUGCCCUGCUAUACGAUGAGACUUCAGCAAGUUUUGAUUGGUUGUUUACCACUUUCCUGAAGUGCAUGAAAAAUAAGAAACCCAUUACAAUUUAUACAGACCAAGCUUCUGCUUUGAUGAAGUCAGUUCCAAACAUCUUCCCCGAUGUCUUCCAUGGCUUGUGUUCUUGGCACAUGGGGGAGAAUGCAAAGUCCAACUUAGGCUCUCGUUGCAAUGGUGCAUUUCUUGACGAACUACAUCACUUGGUUUCGAAUGUUGAUGAUGAGGCAGAGUUUGACUUCAAUUGGAAUAAGAUGCUUCAAAAUUGUUUUGGUGGUAAAGCCACUUCUGAAUUUACUUGGCUUGUCCAGAUUCAUCGUAAUCGUACUCAAUGGUCUUCUGCUUGGGUGAAAUCACACUUCACUGCCGGUUUGAAGACCACACAGUUAAGCGAGUCGUUCAAUGCCUUUCUUCGCCACUUUCUUCAGCCAGACCACUCACUUGUGCAAUUCUUUAUCCAUUUCAAUGUUAUGGUUGAGAAAAUGCGAGAUAAUCAUGCUGAUUGUGAUUUCAAGGCUGCUAAUACUAGGCCAAGAAACAAUUAUCCCAACAGCCAACUCAUGAGGUCCGUUGUCGCCAAGUAUACUCCAGCAUCGUUUGCAUUCAUUCACAAGCAAUAUGAUCUUUCUUUCAAAUAUUAUUAUGAGGAGGACAUGUCAAGAAGUUCAAUUUCUAAUAGAGUUUUCAAAGUGUUCACAAUUCAACUUGUUCGUGAUGCCGAUGAGAUGGAUUUUGAUAAUGAUGCCGCUGCGAAUGUUUAUAUGUCGGUCGAAGAAGUUCCAGAAAACCUUCUUCCUAAUGAUCAAGAUCCUUUGCGACUUGAUGAGAGGGUUGUUACGGUAGAUAUUGGGAACAAGAUUUUUACUUGUACCUGUCGGAUGUUCGAGAACCGGGGAUUCUUAUGUCGCCAUGUUUUCAAGAUAUUAGACUUCUUAGGGAGUUCUGUCCAAUACCAGUCCUUGAAGUCCAUACCUGACCACUACAUAUUGAAGCGUUGGACUAAAGGAAUUCGUCCAUCCCUUGAUGCUUUAAAACCCAUCAGUAUUGGAGGUAUUCAAGAUACUACUUUUGCACAAAGAUAUCAACAAGCUUCUGGUGUUAUGCUUCAGAUUAUAACCCGUGUUUGCAUGGACCCUGAUGCGUGCCAAUUUUUUCUUAAUGCUGCAAUUGAAUGUGGGAAGCAAGCGGAAGAGUUGAUUGUUGCUAAAGGUGUUUCCGGUCAACCUUCAUCUUCCAGGUCUGCAUCUUGCAAAGAUACUAGUGUUGCUGAACCUCUUGUAGUUGAUUCUAGUGUAAAAAAGUUCAAAAAGAGACCCAAUCCAAUCAGGGCUAAGAAACGGCUCAAAAGUGAUUAUGAGUUAGCUAGGGAGAGACAAAGAUUCAUCGCACAGCGGAAGAAACAAAAGAAAGAAGAAGAUGCUGCAAAAUUAGCUUUAACAAUCAACAAUGUUGAUUGAUUUUCAUUAUUUCUUUCCAUUGUUUUAGACUAUUAUAUUUCAGUCUACUAUUUCAAAUUUUCAUCAUACUGUAAGCAGAAUUUUAUAUUUCAUUCUACAAUUUGAU